AUGGAAACACCAAUUAGCUUAGGAAAGAUAUCCGGUUGGGAAGAUAUGGAGAGAAACAUAUUAGCCAAGAUAUUUGGGAUGCUCAACGUUAUUGAUAUAAUCAAGGGGGCGUCUCGGGUCUGUGUCUCUUGGUUCCUUGCUUCUCACAGCAAAGCUUUAUGGAAGACUAUAGACUUAAGUAAUAUCGAGUCAGUUAUUUCAGAAAAUCCCUAUAAAGUAGAGAAUCUGGCUAAUGACGCAGAGCGCCAAUAUGAGCUCAGAAACAUCUUGGCUGAGAUAACCAAGUUUAACAGCUCAGUCACGACAAAUCUAGUUUUUGAUUAUAAUUAUUAUAUACAAGAGGAAGAGCUGGCGAUCAUUGCUCCAAAGAUGCCAAAUGUAAAAAAAUUGGCACUGCCGCUCUAUCGUAAUCUAAAUGAGAAUUCACUUAUGUUUACAUUCAGCCAGUGGAAGAAUCUUCAAACGUUGGUCAUUACUCAACCUCAUCUACCCAUUACAAAAGCUAACUUCCAAGCCAUUGGAGAGAACUGCAAGAGCCUCACCAGCCUAAAGCUUAUCCGGCCGUUAAACACGAACUUAGCCGAGCAACUUGUGAGUUACUUCUCAAAUCUGAAGAGUUUAAGCUUUCAAGGUGCAUCUAUAAGCAAAAAGUCACUAUUAUCGCUUGUCACUAAUCACCAAAACCUCAGAAUUCUAAAUCUUUCACACUGCUUAUACAUAGAAUUUGACGGUAUGCCAGGCGACCGUAACACAAUGAGUGUUUUAGAUUUACAUACAGAAAAUCUCGUACAAACUGCCACUAAGAAGCUUGACAGAUUUAUCGUGUGUUCAAAUCACUGCGGGACAUGCAACGUGUUAUGGGAACUUUUCUGGAGUGGUUGGAAUUUUCCCUACGACUACGAGUAUUGCACGUUUUCGAAUAAGCAAUGGAAAACUGAUGAGAUAGAGGAACUUCAGUUUUAA